AUGAAGAAGGUGAGGAGAAAGAUCGGAAAGUAUGAGGUUGGUCGAACUAUCGGUGAAGGUACAUUCGCGAAGGUUAAGUUUGCGAAACACGGUGAAACAGGGGAAAGUGUGGCGAUUAAAAUCAUGGCUAAAAGUACCAUUCUCAUGCACAGAAUGGUUGAACAGAUUAAAAGAGAGAUAUCCAUUAUGAAGGUUGUCAGGCACCCUAAUAUAGUCAGAUUGCACGAGGUUUUGGCCAGUAAGACCAAGAUCUACAUAAUUCUGGAGUUUGUAAUGGGAGGGGAAUUAUAUGAUCAAAUUGUUCAGCAGGUAAAGCUUUCUGAAAAUGAAUCUAGGCGCUACUUUCAACAACUUAUAGACGCUGUCGCUCACUGUCAUAAAAAGGGCGUGUACCAUAGAGACUUGAAGCCGGAAAACCUUCUUCUCGAUGCUUUCGGAAAUUUGAAGGUUUCUGACUUUGGAUUGAGUGCAUUGACUAAGCAGGGCGAUGACCUUCUUCACACAACAUGCGGGACCCCAAAUUAUGUUGCGCCUGAGGUGCUUAACAAUCAAGGUUAUGAUGGUGCCGCAGCUGAUGUAUGGUCAUGUGGAGUCAUUCUAUAUGUUCUAAUGGCUGGAUAUCUUCCAUUUGAGGAGGCAGACCUUCCGACCUUGUUCAGAAGGAUCAGUGCUGCAGAAUUUGUUUGCCCACUCUGGUUUUCUGCUGGCGCAAAGGCUUUGAUACAUAAAAUUUUGGAUCCCGAUCCUAAAACACGUGUUAAAAUAAAAGAAAUAAUGCAAGAUCCAUGGUUCAAGAAAAACUAUUCUCCUGUCACACUCAGAGAAGACGAGAAAGUGAAUUUGGAUGACGUUCUGGCUGUUUUUAAUGAUAUUGAGGACCGGUAUGUUUCUGAACGGUCACAAAUUAGCGAGGGAGGUCCUUUGAUAAUGAACGCAUUUGAGAUGAUAACCUUAUCACAAGGGUUGAAUCUUUCACCACUAUUUGACAGGCAUCAGGAUUAUGUAAAACGGCAGACUCGUUUUGUUUCACGUAAACCAGCAAAAGAUAUAAUUUCAUCUGUCGAAGCUGUUGCAGUGUCAAUGGGUCUUAAGAUCCAUUGUCGCAAUUACAAGAUGAGAAUUGAAAGAGUUUCUUCAAAUAAGGUUGGGCAAUUUGCAGUGGUUUUGGAGGUGUUUGAAGUUGCACCCUCCCUUUUCAUGGUAGAUGUUCGAAAGGCAGCUGGGGAUACUCUAGAGUAUCACAAGUUUUACAAGAACCUUUGUGCGAAACUAGAAAGCAUUAUUUGGAGACCGGGUGAGACUAGCCCAGCUUCUGGUUUGCUUCGACAAAUGACAUUCUGA